AUGCUGUCGCUGCUGAUUUCCUGCGUCCUGUUGGUGGCUGGUGCCGCUGGGUGUGGCCAGCCAGCCUACUCUGGCCAUAGCCGAGUGGUGAAUGGCGAAGACGCUGUGCCUUACAGCUGGCCCUGGCAGAUCUCCCUCCAGUACGAGAGAGAUGGCACCUUCCGUCACACCUGUGGAGGGUCCCUCAUUACCCCCGACUGGGUCCUGACGGCUGCCCACUGCAUCUCGCGAUCCCGUACUUAUAAGGUGGUCUUGGGGGAUUAUGACUUUACCACCGAGGAAGGGCCUGAGCAACACAUCCCCAUCAACCCCGAAGACAUUUUCGUGAAUCCCAGCUGGAAAUCUGGUUGUGUGUCCUGCGGCAAUGACAUCGCGCUGCUGAAACUUUCCCGCCCGGCGGAGCUGAACGAUAAAGUCGGCCUGGGCUGCAUUCCCGAGCCAGAGACCGUCCUACCUAACGGAUACCCUUGCUACAUCACCGGCUGGGGACGUAUUUCCACUGGAGGGCCUCUGCCCAGCAAGCUGCAGCAAGCUCUCCUGCCCGUGGUGGACUACGACCACUGCAGGAAGCCCGACUGGUGGGGAAGUUCUGUCAAGCAGAGCAUGGUCUGUGCUGGGGGAGACAUCCAAUCUGGCUGCAAUGGUGACUCCGGUGGCCCCCUCAACUGCAAGGGUGAUGAUGGCCGGUGGUACGUCCACGGGAUUGCCAGUUUCGUGUCCGGUUUGGGCUGCAACGCCUUGAAGAAGCCCACUGUCUUCACCCGGGUCUCUGCCUUCGACAGCUGGAUCCUGAAGACACUCAAAGGGCAGUGAGGAGGAGAACAGGCCGUCUUUCUAGUUCCAGAAUAAAGUCACUGUGGAGAUGCCA